AUGGGGAGAAUUAAGAAGGUGGCCAGCCAAAAACACGAGGCUACGAUCUCACCCUACCUGGCGGAAUUCGUAUCUCGUGCCACGACUAUCCCGGUCCCCGAGCUUGCCUCCCACCUCCGCACUUUUCCGCGGCUAUGGCCUUUCCCUAGAGGAGACCUGUAUCAUUGGAUCAAUGUUCUGAAUCGCUUCGACGAAAUCUUGGCCUCGGUCAUCGAAAAGUACGAACUCAACAAUGGACCUCAAACAAAACCCUUCGGUAGAAUUGUUCUCGUCGAGGCUUAUGCCGGUAACGAAAGUAACGCGGGUUCCGGGGAUGUUGAUUCUCGACUGAAUACUCUUGGGUACGGUCCGGAUGGCGAUAGAGAACUUCUUGAAGUCGUGCUUGAUUUUUCUAGACUCCUAUUGGAGAAGUGUGGCAACCGCAGCCUCUACAGUAGCAGUGAACGCCUUGGGGAACUUCUGAAUACCACCUCGCUGUCCCUCUUACAGUCCACGCUGCGUCUGUCCCUCUCGUUGGCCCAACGAUAUCAUUUCAGGCAACGCGGCGGCUCUCAUCUCCAACAGAGCUUGCUAGCAGCCCAUUUUAAUAUCGAUUUGGAGAAAAUGCAGAAGAUUGCCGCACCGUUCCCUCGCCCUUCUGCGCCCGCCUCCGGUAAAGUCACGACGGUGUCAUCACCGGCUCUGGCAACCAAGGGCAAAGAGAAAGGCCCGCAAACGAAGUACGAUGCCAACGAUCUAGUGUCUCUCACUCGAGAAAAUGACGGUUGGGAGGAAUGGGGCCAUGUGCACCAGCUUUAUUACCCGUCCGGUUCUUCUGAGCAGGUGAAGACGACAUCGGAAAGUGCUCAAGGCGGGGCGGCACCAACGCAAACUCCUACGACCCCGACGCCUCUGCGCAGGAGUCACACCCACCCCACCCCACGCCUGAGUCGCUCGUCGAUCAUUGAUGACUCUCCCAGCUCGGUAGCCAAUACUCCCGGAAAAUCCGAAGAAGCGCCGCGAGGUGGUAAAACUCUCGAUAUCCCCUAUUCGAAGAUUUCUUCGCCCUCGAAUACCGAGGAUAUCCUUGCGUCGCAUUUGGAGGAACUACCGGAAGACUCGAAAUAUGAGCUCCUUCACCGGCUUCGAACAGCUCGAGGAUUGACAACGUCUGACUCCACCCGGGAGCAGAUUCUUGCAAUUAGGAUCCUUGCGAUCACGAAUUUGGCUUACGUCUAUCCCGAGUCGUUGUUCCAACAUAAAAUCCUCCAGUAUGAUAUGGAACUGCCGAAGCGUCUCCAGAUUGCCUACCAGCUGGGUGAAUUGGUCCAUCUCGGUGCAAGUGGCGAUCUCAGGGUUUCGCGGUCGCUCCAGACGCUGGCUCUUAUGGCUCUUGACUCGUUAGCCAAACAUAAAGCACGCGCGAUUGACGUUUGUGCGGCACUGAGUGUCAACGUAAAUCACGGUGUUCUUAUGUUCUUGACCCGCAAAGCAGUCAAUGAGCUAGGAUCUGACGACAACGAAGGGAAUGAUGGCAGCCAAGAUGAAUGGCGGGAUGCUUUGCUUUCUCUCCUGCGAACGCUUCCUGGCUCUAGCUCCAGAACCCCGGAGACUCUAGUCUCGGCUGGUUUGAUACCUAUGUUUGUCGAUGUUCUGAACUUGCGUACGGAGAAAGCGCGCCGGGUUUACUCUCGCGUCAUGGAGUUCCUCGACACUUUUGUUCACACAGUGCGUGAUGCCCUCGGCACGCUUACUAGUGCAAAGGGAUUCGACGCUAUCUCAGACCUGAUUGACUACGAAACAAAGACGUCUUUCGAAAACGUAUCCCGCGGCGCGGGGAUCCCCUCGCAACACAAAACGCCGUCUAUUGAUUACCAGAUUCCGUACUUCCAGCAGCAGACGCUUCGGUGGAUGUUUAGAUUCGUGAAUCACAUAAUGCAGCAUAACGGCGGGGGUUUCGAUCGAAUCCUCCGAAACCUCAUCGACUCGCCUCAGCUCCUUACAUCUCUCCGAUUGGUGUUUGAACAUGCGCGCAUCUUCGGUUCUCACGUCUGGAGCAAUGCGGUCAACAUCCUCAGCAGCUUCAUUCAUAACGAGCCUACCAGUUACGCUGUCAUUGCCGAGGCUGGGUUGAGUAAGAGCUUCUUAGAGGCCGUGACUCUUCAGGAGCUCAAGAACCCCGAGAAGCCGCCCAUUCCACCAGAGGACGCUGAGGCCGAGGCCGAGCCUUCUUCUGAACCGUCAACAUCAAAUGCUCCAGCUGGUCCCUCUGCGGGCUCGGAGCAAAAGCCUCGUGAGUACGAAAUUGCGAGACCCCGGGAUGCUAAGUUGGCCCCUGGUAUUAUGCCAGCCGCAGAAGCUUUGUCCUGUGUCCCGUCAGGGUUCGGGGCUAUCUGCUUAAACGCCUCUGGACUGGAACUAUUCCAAUCAUCCCAUGCCUUGGAGAGCUUCUUCGAAAUUUUCGAAAGCCCCGAGCAUGUGAAGUGCUUGAAGGAUGAUCCCAACUUGGUCCGUUCACUGGGUACUACAUUUGAUGAGUUAGUGCGUCAUCAUCCAGCGCUGAAGUCGUCCAUUAUGAGUGCCGUGAUUGUGAUGGUCGCACGCGUGGGUCUUUUGGCUAGAAGUAAGGCCUGGACAGAAGGUGCCGGAGCUAAGUUGUGGACGGAAGACUCACAGGGGAAACCGGUCGUUUCAGGACCCUUCAGUCAUCUUUACAGAAAGAUUGGUGCCCCCAUGACAGACGACGCAAUCAGUGGACCUGACCUUGGAGUUCGUGGUCUUAAGUCCAAUUCCCUUCCCGAUGGCAGCAAGUUGACUAUGCAGAAUGUGGACCAGGUUCUUCCGUCCGGUCAGAAUGUUGAACCGAAGGAUCAAGAUGCCCACGGACUAACGGCGACCGAUUAUCUCUAUCCUGUCUUGAGGUUCUUGGGUGCUUUUUUUGAAAAUCAAACCAACUGCUCGCAUUUUAUUGAAUCUGGUGGCGUGGAAUUCAUUCUUGAUUUUGCGACGCUGCAAAGUCUUCCCUUUGAUUUCCACAAUACCGAUGCCAACCAAGAGCUUACUGUCUUGGUGCAUAUGCUGGCAGAAACAAAGCCUCAUCUCGUCGUCCCCGGACUUGUUGAUCGCCUUGACUCAAUUGUCGAAAUGCUCUCCGGUUUCUGGCGCUUAUCUGGACCCAGGGAAUCUGGCUUUUUCUCGCCGCUGAUCAAGCCUGCUUCUGAAAAGGCCCCCGAUGCCGAAAACGAUGAAGCCUCGAAACUGGCCAAGCGCAAUGGAACGUAUUAUGCGAAACAUAUGGUUGCUGCUCUUAUUUUGACGGAUCUGCUCCGUGAGGUCUUUUCCAUGCCCCUGUAUCAGACUCGCCCAAGUCAGCAAACCUCGACCUUUUCGCAGGUCAAUUUGGCCGACCGUUGGUGCUCUCUUGUUUCCAAGCUGGGUGGUCUGCAUGCGGCCUGUGUGUGGGAGGAGAUUCUGUUGGCGAAGAACAUCCCAGACACCUGGGACCGAGCAACCAAGGUGCAAUCAAACAGCCCAGGCUCCGAACGUCCUAGUGAUCCUAUGGCGCCUGUGAACGUGGACGGCACGCCCAGCGCGACCGCAGAAAACUCCCAAGAAGACCCGACCACCACUGAUGCCGCUGCGACCGCUCCGACGAGAUCCAGCCAGGAGCCAAAGGAUGGUCCCGCCAAAUCCCCCGAAGGUGGCAUGGCUUUCAAGAACGUCCAAGCGCUUCGAUAUCUCCUGAGCUCAUUGCCAUCAUCAACCACGGGCUUUUUCCAUAAUUUGGGUCUUGGUUUGCUCGGAAAAAGGAGAAUCGAUUCAUAUCAAAGACAAAAUGCGACAAUGGUGGCUGAGGCUAUUGCUGAGGCCGUGAUCGAACAACUCAAACUUAGCCCCCCUAACUCGAGUGCUAACCCUAAGCUUCGAUUCGCCUACCUCAUCGUCAUUCUUUCUUCUUUCACUCACCUGCUCUUUGAAGUCACAGCGGAUCGCCCUCACUCGCACUACCUUACGUUGGUCCUCUUUGCGUUUAAGAGAAGCCAAGGCCUGAAACUCUUGAAAGAAAUAUGCGAUACUUUCAUGCGGGAGGUUAAGGCCUUAAGCCCACCUGCCUCUGUUCCCGAAACUGAGAACGAUGUCUCCGCUCGGCUCACUUCCGCUUACGGCGGCAUUAAAAUCAUCCUUGGCUUCUUCUCUGAGCUUGCUUCCGGAAAGAAUAUCGUUGAUUCUAGUCAGACCCAGGCCAUGACAAGCAGUGAUCGAGAACGUGAUCGGCCUGAUUAUUUCCAGCCGGGACAGUUCCUCGUGGAUCUUCGCAUGGAGAUUCUUCCGAUGGCCAAGGAAAUGUGGAAUUCUGACUUCGCGACCCAGUCGUCCAGCUCCGUCAUAAAAUGUCUCAUCGAUAUUCUUCGAUCCUCACUGGAUGGUGAAUACGAAACAGGGGCUGCUCGCCGCGCCGAUACCCCUCCGGCCUUGAUAGAAGUGUCGAAGAGGACUUUCCUGGUUAACAAUGACCGCGUUAGUUCACUGCAGGAGAAAGGAUUUGAUGAUCUCGAUCUCGUCAAGGAGGCCAUGUACCGCUGCAAUAACUCGAUUCUUGCUGCUGAAGAAUACUGCAGAGCACAGAACUGGUUGCUGCCACCACCAAGGAUGACGCCUCCCCCCAACGACAUUGAGUCGGUUCGCUCCAGCACUGCCGGUGGAGAGCCUUCAGAGGACUCGGCUGUCGGAGAUGCACCGCCGUUUGACAGCAGUAUCCUUGAGCGUUCUGCUCUUGCCAUGCUCCUGGCGCAAGCGUCGGGUCGAACGGAUGACGGUUCUCGUCAGGAUCAGAAUCAAGGAGGAGCAGAGGAUAGUCAAGUCAGACACGGUACUGAAUUCUUAGCACGAGCUUUGACCAAUAUUCUUAAUGAUGAGCAUGGCGCAGGUGACAACGAUCGAGACGAGCCCUCGGGCAGUAGCGCUCGCACCCCUGGGCAUGCCGCUGGAGAGCCCUCGGAAUCGCCGAAUAAUGCUGCUAAUCAGUCCUCGGAGCAACAGGCAGAGCAACCUUUACGACGCCGUGAGGUUACCACAGUUGAGGAUUUGGAUGUAGAGCGCGAGAAAGUCCGCUCGAAUCUGAUUGAGCGUUGUCUAGACAUCUUAAAUGAGCACCAUGACGUAUCAUUUGAAUUGGCUGACCUCAUUGCUUCUGCUACUAAGAAGCACCGGGACCCUGAAUCUUUCCGCAGGGACGUUGGUGAGAUUCUGGUUCAGUCGUUGGUUUCGCUGCAGAUGGAGAACUUCCAAGCAUCCGGCAAAAAGGUAGCUGCUUACGCCCAUCUCCUUGCCCUGGUGGUCCAAGACAGGGAAAUGUACAAUGCGACGCUGGGAGAAAUCAAGGAAUGCUUCACCACUUUCCUCGGGUUUAUCAAAUUGUCACCCGAAAGUACGGCCUCGUCGGAAAAGUCAUCCGAUGAGUCACUCCCAUGGAUCGGGCAUGUACUUCUCAUCCUUGAGAAGUUGCUUUCUGAUGACACACAGCCUCCUCAGAUUCAAUGGAGCUUGCCAGAUAGCAAUAAUCCUAACGGUCAGGAUGACGGCCCCGCUCAUCUGGAGGAACCUCUUGUUUCUCGGGACCAGAAAGAAAUGCUGUUUGAGGCACUGGUUGAAAUUCUUCCUAAGAUUGGAAAGGACGAUACCCUAGCCCUCUCCGUGUCUCGUAUUCUUGUCAUUCUUACUCGCGAUCGCAAAAUCGCGUCCCGCUUAGGUGAAAAGCGCAGCUUGCAGCGUCUCUUCGUUAUGGUCAAACAGCUAUCGAGCGCGACAAAUGACAAACUCCAAGGUGCUUUCAUGCUGAUUUUGAGACACAUCAUCGAAGACGAAGACACUAUUCGGCAAAUCAUGCGAAGCGAGAUUGUCGCCAACUUCGAGUCUAAGUCAUCCCGCCAGAUUGACACUACGGGCUUUGUGCGACAAAUGUAUCAUCUCGUCCUGAGAUCGCCUGAGUUGUUUGUGGAAGUGUCCAAUGAAAAGCUCAAAUUGCAACGAUAUGACAGCCGACAACGCCCGCAGGUCCUUACUCUAAAGGCCGACAAGAACAGUGGCGCACCUGCGCCUGCAUCAACUCAACAGGGAGCGCAAAGUGCACCCCGCACCGGCGAAGACUCGGCAGGCGACGUGCCAUCCGAAGAUAAAGAUAAGGGCAAGAAUGUGGACUUGAAGGCCCCUGUUGUGGAGAACCCGGACGGUGUUAUUCAUUACCUUCUCUCCGAACUCCUGUCCUACAAAGACGUAGAUGACAAGGAGCCUUCAACCGAAGCUGGAGACUCUGCAGCUCCAGAGCAAACAGAGAGUCAGACCGACGUGGAGAUGUCAACUGAAGAACCCUCGCCGUCUGUGUCUACUACCGAUCUGCAGGCUACGCGCAACGCUAAGAAAUCAGACAAACCAGCAUUUAAAGCGGAUGACCACCCGAUCUAUAUCUACCGAUGCUUCCUCUUGCAGUGCUUGACUGAGCUCCUUUCGUCGUACAACCGCACGAAGGUUGAAUUCAUCAAUUUCUCCCGCAAAGCAGACCCUCUUGCUACUACCCCAUCGAAGCCACGCUCGGGAAUAUUGAACUACCUUCUGAACGCUCUGGUUCCUAUUGGUACCAUGGAUCAUGACGAAUCUGUUGCUUUUAAGAAGCGUAGUAACACUUCCUCCUGGACUAUGCGUGUUCUUGUUGCUCUAUGCACCAAGACCGGUGAGUUUGGCGGCACCGGCAGACGCCGCGAACAAAAUAUGAACGAAGAAGAUGAACCUGAGCUUGCUUUUGUGCGACGAUUCGUCUUGGAGCAUGCGCUGCGAGCAUACAAGGAAGCCAACACGUCAAAUGAGCCCCUUGACGCCAAGUAUUCUCGGUUAAUGUCGUUGGCCGAUCUGUUCGACAAAAUGCUUAGCGGCUAUGCCUUUGUUUCCGGAGAUACUGCUUUCCCGUCGUCUACCCGACAACUCGCCAGAACCAUGUUUGAAAAGAAUUUCAUUGCUGCUCUGACUGCGUCGGUUGCCGAAAUUGAUCUCAACUUCCCCGCAUCCAAACGCGUCAUCAAGUACAUCCUCCGUCCGCUUAACAAACUUACACAGACUGCCGUGGUCUUGAGCGAGACCUCGGACAUCUCUACUGUUGGAGAUGCAGAAGAGGAUGAGAUCUCGUCAGCUACCUCGGUUUCCGACAUGGACGAUGAGCGCGAAGAGACGCCUGACCUAUUCCGCCAUUCUACCCUUGGUAUGUUGGAGCCUCGUCACGAAGAAGAGACCAGCGAGGAAGAGUCCGAGGAAGAGGACGAUGAAAUGUAUGAUGAUGAAUAUGGCGAUGAAAUGGACUACGAUGAGGAUCUUCCAGAGGACGAUGGCGAGGUGGUCAGUGACGAAGAAGACGAGAUCGAUGGCGUCGGGCCCGUCGAAGGGCUCCCCGGUGAUUCGGGCAUGGACAUCGAAGUUGUUCUUGACGAUGAGGACGACGACGACGAGGAUGACGAUGAGGACGAUGAUGAAGAUGAUGACAGAUCCGACAUGGACGACGAUGAAAUCCUCGCUGGCGAGAUCACUGGCGAUCGGGACAAUGAGAGUUUGGGAGAUGACGAGGACGAUGAGUGGGAAAGCGAGGAUAUGUCCGAAGAUGAUGAAGAAGCCGAAAUCAUGAACCAAUUCGAAGAUGAAUUGGCCGAUAUUCGACAAGCCGACCAGCACGGUGAUGGUCAGAGAUUCGACGACCUGUUCCGCGUGCUUAACGAGGCUGCGGGUGGCGUGGAGAAUUUGCAGGGCGAUAGUCUUGGGGAUCUUCACGAGGACAUUGUGGAUGAUGAUUUGAACGAGGAUGAUGAAGAUGAAGAGAUCGAUGAGCUUGAGGAGGAUCUUGAUGACGUUGACGAUGAUCAAGGAUCCUACGCAGGUUUCGACGAUGAUGAAGAUCUCAUUGAACCCUGGGGAUGGGAUGGCGACGAGCCCCCAAUGCCCCGUGGGCACCAUCACCAUCGCUUCCGUCCUCAGCCAGGAUGGGCUGCAGUCACGGGAAUUAUGCCCAGCAGAGGUGGAAUCGUUCCAGUUCAACCAUAUCGGUUCCAUCGUACCCAGAUUCCCGCUCGGGGAACUGAUGAUGGGACAAACCCCCUCCUUGUUCGGACCGAUCGCGGACCGGAAGCCGGUCAACCACGAGGGCCUGGCAACGAAGCUUUUACUGACUGGGUCCACGGCAUGGAACCCGUGUCUGCUGGGCGCUCGCUCCCCAUGGAUAGUCCAGUCAGCUUCAUGAAUGCCAUUAUGCAAGCCAUUGGUGGACAAGGCGCACCCGGCUUUGGAGUCAUCACCCGUCCAGACGGAAUCCACGUUCACGUUGAUCGUCGGGCCCUUUUGCCCAACCGCAUCCAGGACAUGUUUGGACUCGGUAGACAACAGGCUCCUCCUUCUCGCACCCGAGAUGAUCCGUCUCAAGCCGUGAGUUUCGCUCUGGCAACAACCAGGGGUCGCUGGCAAGAGGAAGCUCGCAUCUUAUUCAGCAGUACAUACGUGGAGAAGACACAACGCGUGGUCAACUCUUUGCUGAAGGUCUUGGUACCUCCUGCGAUUGAAGAGGAGAAGGAACGCAAGAAGCAGGAAGAAGAGGAGCUCAAGCGACGAGAAGAAGAGCGAGCCGAGCGAGAACGCCAAGAACGAAUCGCCCGUGAAGAAGAGGAGAAAGAGCGGAAGCGCAAGGAGGAAGAAGAGAAUGCUAGGCGACAGCAGGAACUGGAACAGCAGGAAGCAGAGCGACAAGCUUCAGGCGCUGUUCCUGAGCCUAUGGACGAUGUUCAACAAACUGAUACCUCCGGCGAACAAGCAGCAAUUCCAGCCGAGGCUGAAAGUGGUCCCUCAGAGCCUGAGCGCCGGGUGCACACAACUAUCCGAGGUCGUCAGCUUGACAUCACUGGAAUGGAAAUCGAUCCUGAAUACCUUGAAGCCCUUCCUGAAGAGUUGAGGGAGGAAGUGAUCAUGCAGCAGCUCGCAGAGCAGCGUUCUCAAGCCACUGCGGCCGGCGAAGAGCCUAGCGAAAUCAACCCGGAGUUCCUCGAAGCAUUGCCCGCAGAGAUCCGUGAGGAAUUGCUUCAACAAGAAGCGGCCGAUCGCCGCCGCCGAGAACGUGAUACUGCACGAAGACAAGCGGUACCCACGGGCGUCGCGCCGACUCAUGCUGAGGACAUGGACCCUGCCAGCUUCCUCGCCACUCUGGACCCAUCCUUACGCCAGGCCGUUCUUGCUGAUCAGCCUGAGGAGAUUCUAGCAACCCUGGGCCCGGAGUUUGUUACUGAAGCACGUGCUCUUCCUGGAAGACGGCUUGCACAGUUUGGUGAUAUCCAUAGAUCCGAGCAUCGCCAUAGACAUGAACCAGCCGACGACGACGACCAGGAGCCAAAGAAACAGCAACGGCGUCAAAUUGUUCAGAUGCUGGACAAGGCUGGCAUUGCCACGUUGCUUCGCUUGAUGUUCAUGCCCCUCCAGGGUAAUGCGCGCCACCAACUCAAUGACAUUCUCCACAAUGUUUGUGAGAAUCGGCAGAACCGAAUGGAGGUUAUCAGCUUGCUUCUGUCUGUUUUGCAAGACGGUAGUUCCGAUGUCUCAGCGAUUGAGCGUAGCUUUGCUCAGCUUUCGCUACGUGCCAAGCCCUCCUCUGUUCAAAAGACGCCUCAGUCUGUCAAACGCAACCUUUCUUUCCAGACAUCUUCGAGCGUCAGCAGUGAAGUAACCCCCAUCAUGGUGGUGCAGCAGUGCCUGGGCACGCUCUCUUUCCUGUCUCAAUACAACCCUCACAUUGCGUGGUUCUUCUUGACUGAGCAUGACCCGUCGUCAACUCUCAAGCUGAAGGCAUUCCGCAAGGGCAAGGGCAAGGAGAACAAGGCCAACAAGUUUGCUCUUAACGCGUUGCUUACUCUACUUGACCGGAAGUUGAUCAUGGAAAACCCUAACUGUAUGGAACAACUGUCUAGCCUGCUUAGCAGCAUUACGCAGCCUCUUACCAUACUGCUUCGUCGCGAGAAAGAGAAAGAAGAAGAAGAAAAGGACAAGAAGACAGAAAAGCCCGAGGGCCAAGCACAGCCGGAGGAUCAAGAACAGCGCCCGCAGCCUCAGACGUCCGAAACCACUGCGGCUGCGGCGGACGCAACCAUGACAGAUGCUCCAGAGGGCACCGAGUCCCAAGGCGCAGUUAAUUCGUCUGAGCCCCAGGAAGAGAACAAGACGGCUGAAGACACUAAGGCCGAGACAGCUAAGGGCAAAACGCAAGAGGAGAAGCACAAGAAGAAGGUCAUUGAACCCCCUGUUGUUCCUGACCACAAUCUGCAGCUGGUCGUCCAUAUUCUGGCUGCCCGUGAGUGCAAUGGCAAGACAUUCCGAGAGACACUGUCGACAAUCAAUAACCUUUCGGCCGUUCCUGGAGCAAGAGACGUAAUUGGAAAUGAGCUGGUUAGCCAGGCUCAAACGCUAAGCACCACGAUCUUGACCGACCUGGACGAACUGUUAACCCACAUCGACCAAGCUCAGACCGGUACAGAUAUGCAAGGUUUGGCUUUGGCCAAGUUCUCGCCGGCAAGCUCCGAUCAAGCAAAACUAUUGCGUGUCUUGACGGCUCUGGAUUACCUGUUUGAUCCAAACCGUGCUGACAAGGUCAAAGGACCUGAGCCCGAUAGCACGUCCAAGGAGGAUGUUCUGCAAACCUUGUACGAGAGUUCGACUUUCGGACCUCUGUGGACCAGGUUGGGCGAAUGCUUGAUCCUUAUUCGACAGAAACAGAACAUGCUGAACGUGGCAACUAUCCUCCUACCUUUGAUCGAAGCGUUGAUGGUUGUUUGCAAGAACACCACCUUGAAGGAUACUUCACUUUCCCGGAACAGCCGAGAAUUGUCUGUGUCGAGUACUUCGGCGGAGGCUGGUCUGAACAUGGAGAGCCUCUUCUUCAAAUUUACUGAAGAGCACCGCAAGAUCCUCAACGAACUUGUUCGUCAAAACCCUCGCUUGAUGAGUGGCACCUUCUCUCUGCUUGUGAAGAACCCCAAGGUCUUGGAGUUUGACAACAAGCGCAACUACUUCACACGCCGAAUUCACUCGCGCGGGGCCGAACCUCGUCACCCCCAUCCUCCUCUCCAGCUUUCUGUCAGGAGAGAUCAAGUUUUCCUUGACUCGUUCAAGUCUCUCUAUUUCAAGACGGCAGAUGAGCUGAAAUAUGGUAAAUUGAAUGUUCGCUUCCAUGGAGAAGAGGGUGUUGAUGCUGGAGGUGUGACAAGGGAGUGGUUCCAAGUGCUAGCCCGUGGCAUGUUUAACCCGAACUACGCGUUGUUCAUUCCCGUUGCUGCCGAUCGCACAACUUUCCACCCCAAUCGCCUAAGUGGGGUCAACUCGGAGCAUCUGAUGUUCUUCAAGUUCAUCGGACGCAUCAUCGGCAAGGCGUUGUACGAGGGUCGGGUCCUUGACUGUCACUUCAGUCGUGCGGUUUACAAAUGUAUUCUCGGCCGGUCAGUAUCUAUCAAGGACAUGGAAACGCUCGACCUCGACUACUACAAGUCGCUCCUCUGGAUGCUUGAGAACGACAUCACCGACAUCAUCACCGAGACCUUCGCGGUGGAGACCGAUGACUUUGGAGAAAAGCAGGUCAUUGAUCUUAUCGAGAAUGGAAGCAACAUCCCGGUGACUCAGGAGAACAAGGAGGAGUAUGUGCAGCGUGUUGUUGACUAUCGCUUGGUCCGAUCCGUGAAGGAGCAGCUUGACAACUUCCUCAAAGGAUUCCAUGAGAUUAUCCCACCCGAUCUUAUCUCCAUAUUCAAUGAACAGGAGCUUGAGCUGCUGAUCUCUGGUCUUCCCGAAAUUGAAGUGGAUGACUGGAAGGUCAACACCGAAUACCAUAACUACUCGGCCUCGUCGCCCCAAAUCCAGUGGUUCUGGCGUGCCGUGCGUUCUUUCGAUAAGGAAGAGCGGGCUAAGCUGCUACAAUUCGUCACUGGUACAAGUAAGGUUCCACUCAACGGCUUCAAGGAACUGGAAGGUAUGAACGGUGUCAGCCGGUUCAACAUCCAUCGCGAUUAUGGCAACAAAGAUCGCCUCCCAAGCUCUCACACAUGCUUCAACCAGCUUGAUCUUCCGGAAUACGAGAGCUACGAGACUUUGAGGCAGCGUCUGUAUACUGCAAUGACAGCGGGCAGCGAAUAUUUCGGGUUUGCAUAA